AUGCCAGGUCGCCUGCUCUCCGUCCGCAUCCCGUCCCUCGCGAAACUCGGCGCUCCCAGGUGUGCAAAAUUCAUGGCUUCAGACACUGGCAAGAAGCUCAUUCAGAUCGAUGUGAGCUCGGAUACAGUGUGCCCCUGGUGCUUCGUUGGUAAAAAGAACCUUGAGAAAGCAAUGGAGCAAAGCAAGGACAAGUUUGAUUUCGAGGUACGUUGGCAUCCAUUCUUUCUGAACCCUGAUGCGCCUAAGGAGGGCGUCAGGAAAUCUGACUUCUUCAAGGCGAAGUUCGGUCCUGUUCAAUAUGAGCGUGCAAUUUCUCGCAUGACUGAGAUAUUUAGAGGACUCGGUCUCGAAUAUGACAUGUCGGGGUUGACAGGGAAUACGAUGGAUAGUCAUAGGCUCAUAACACUUGCUGGACACCAAGGCUAUGACAAGCAAAAUGCUCUUGUUGACGAAUUAUUCCUCAAUUACUUUUGCCAGGGAAAGUAUAUUGGUGACAAGCAGGUUUUGCUGGAUGCUGCAAGAAAGGUGGGCAUAGAAGGGGCCGAAGAACUGCUUGAAGACCCUACCAAAGGAGUUGACGAGGUUCAGGAAGAACUUAAGAAGUACUCAUCUGGCAUCUCCGGGGUCCCACACUUUGUGAUCAAUAACAAAUAUCAACUCAGUGGUGGCCAGCCUCCAAAUGUAUUCAUGAGGGCUUUUGAAAUGGCUGCAAAAGAUGGAGCUUAA